UUUUCCUUUCGACUGCACUAAACACCUACCUGCUCACCAUGGCCCACAACGGCGUGAACGGCACUAUCUAUGAUGAUGAAGAUAUCGACUACUCUGACAUCGAGGCUAAAUAUCAGGUCGAGUACGACGAGAGCUUCGACAACAUCCUAGUCGUCGAUGGUGUACCCGUAAUCGACAAGUCCAAACUUGAAAAGCUUCUUCAGAAGAUAUCGAAGGACUUCUCGCGCAAAGGAUGCCCCAUCAAGCCGGAAAAUAUGACCGUGCCAUGGAACGAAUCUAAUGGGAAGAGCAAAGGCUACAUAUUCAUGGAAUUCAAGAACCCCGAUGAUGCUUCCCGGGCACUUGCGGCGAUGAACGGGCACCCGUUCGACGCGAGACAUACUUUCCUCAUCAACCGCUUCACCGACUUCGAGCGAUACCUCAACCUCGAUGAGACGUAUGUCGAACCUCCGCCAGAAGAGUACAAGCCUAAGGAACAUUUGCGUGCCUGGCUCGGCGACCCUCAAGGCCGCGACCAGUAUGCUACCUACCGCGGCGACGAUGUGGAGAUUCACUGGCACGGCAAACCCUCGCAGUGCGAGGUCGCGUACAGCAAACCAAACUGGACGGACCUGUACGUCUCCUGGUCGCCCAUGGGCACCUACUUCGCCUCUCUCCACCGACAAGGGGUGCGUCUCUGGGGCGGUCCCUCAUGGGAGCCGCAGUCGCGUUUCGCGCACCCCCUGGUCAAGCUUAUCGACUUCUCACCCAACGAACAGUACCUCGUCACCUGGUCGUACGACCCGAUCGUCGUCCGCGAGGGCGCCGAGCAGGGCCCGCAGUACUUCGCGCCCGAGGACGAGGGAAACAACAUCGCCGUUUGGGACAUUAAGACCGGACACCUCCUCCGCACGUUCCCGAGCGUGUAUCCCGAGGGAGACGACCAGAAGAAGCAGAUGGCGUGGCCUGCGCUCAAGUGGAGCCCGGACGACAAAUACGUCGCGCGCGUGACACCUGGGCAGCAGAUCUCCGUCUACGAGCUGCCGGGGAUGGGUCUGCAAGGUAAGAAGUCGAUCAAGAUCGAAGGCGUGGUCGACUUCGAGUGGCGUCCGCUUGGCGACCGCGACCGCGAGGAGAUAGAGAAGGAAAACCAGGCUGGGUCGGGCAAGACACCGAAGAAGGCCAGGGAGAACAUGCUCGCGUUUUGGACGCCGGAGGUGCAGAACCAGCCCGCCCGUGUGUCGCUAAUGAGUUUCCCUAGUCGUGAGACCUUACGGCAAAAGAACUUGUUUAACGUAUCCGAAUGUAAGCUGUACUGGCAAAACCAGGGCGACUUCUUGUGCGUCAAAGUCGAUCGCCACACAAAAACGAAGAAGUCUAUCUUCUGUAACCUCGAGAUCUUUCGCGUACGCGAGAAGGACUUCCCCGUCGAAGUGGUUGAGUUGAAGGACACCGUCACCGACUUUUCCUGGGAACCAAAGGGCGAGCGGUUCGCGCUCGUCUCAAGUAGCGAUCCUAACCUCGGCAACCCUGGACCUGGUAUCACAAUCAAGACCGAUGUUAGCUUCUACCAGCACGAGCGCAGCAAGGGUGAUUUCAAGCUGCUCAAGUCCCUCCCAGGACGGACAAGCAACACCGUGCGCUGGUCGCCGCGUGGUCGACAUGUCGUGCUCGCGACUGUCGGCUCCUCGAGCAAGUCCGAGCUUGAGUUCUGGGACCUUGACUUCAGCGUCGACGAGACCCGUCGUGAGGGUGCGCCGUGGGGUAGUGGUAUUCAACACCUCGGCACCGCUGACCACUACGCGCUCACGGACGCCGAGUGGGACCCUAGUGGGCGUUACAUCGCCACCAGUGCUAGUGCAUGGAGGCACACGUUGGAAAACGGGUACGCGAUCUGGGACUUCCGCGGACAAGAGCUCGAGAAGCACAUCCUCGACCGCUUCAAGCAAUUCCUGUGGCGCCCGCGCCCACCAUCACUGCUCACCAAGGAGCAGCAGAAGCAGAUCAGGCGGAACCUCAAGGAGUACUCGCGCGUUUUCGACGAGGAGGACGCCGCUGAGGAGAGCAACGUCAGUGCGGAGCUCAUCGCGCACCGCAAGCGUCUCAUCGACGAGUGGAACGCUUGGCGCCAACGCUGCAGGGAGGAGGUUGCGGAGGAGCGGCGGAAGCGUGGGAAGAAGGUCGAGCCCGCGAAGGAGAAGCAGCCGCAAGAAGAGCAGGAGGAGAUCGAGGUCUGGGUCGACGAGGUCAUCGAGCAGAUCGAGGAGGAGGUUGUCGAGUGAUUCCUGCAGGGUCCUGUUAAUUGCAAGGGGGCGUCACUGCUGCAGCGUCAAUAGUUUGUCUUUCGCCAUGUUGUAUUCAUGCACUCCAACAAUGCCUAGCUGAAGUUGUC